GCUUAGAGGCAGUCGGUCAGGAACUCCGUGCUGGUGUUUGAGAGAGUGCAGAUUACAGAUUUCAGAGCAGUGAGCGGCGGGGGACAGUAACAGAGCGAUGGGUGCAGUGCUGCUGAAGUGCGCUGCUGCUGAUCUGGGUGUGCAGUGGGUCGGCUGGGCGCUCGCUGCUGCUCUAAAGACCGAGAGGUUUUACGAUUUAGCAGGCUCCGGCACUUUUAUACUGUUGGCCCACCUCAGUCGUACAUGGGGCAGAACAAGAUAUCUGAGGCAGAAUGUACAGACUGGCCUGGUCACUGCAUGGGGACUGAGACUCGGGACAUUUCUCUUCCUCCGGAUCCUGAAGGAAGGACAGGACCGCAGGUUCAACAAUGUCAGAAAUAGCCCCGGGGUAUUCUUUGUUUACUGGACCGUGCAAGCUGUGUGGGUGUUUGUCACUCUUCUGCCAACUCUAAUUCUGAACACAGAGCAGAGAGAUAAGCCUUUAGGACCUCGUGACUACGCUGGUUGGGCAAUAUGGGGACUGGGAUUUGCCACAGAAGCCAUUGCAGACCAGCAGAAAUGGAAUUUUAAAAAUGACCCUGAUAAUGCAGGAAAGUUUAUCCAGAAUGGGCUGUGGGCUUACAGCAGACACCCAAACUACCUUGGUGAGAUCCUGCAGUGGUCCGGUUUGUUCCUGUCUGCAUCGUCCGUCAUGCAGGGCCCUCAGUACCUCAGUGCACUGUCUCCUCUCUUCGUCUGGUUCCUGCUCAGACACGUGAGCGGGAUUCCCAUCCUGGAGAAGCAGGCCAUGAGGAAGUGGGGAGCUGACCCGGCUUUCCAGAGCUACGUCAAGAACACCCCACAGCUCUGGCCCUUCCCUCGGUUCUGAAUCCUGUUCUUAAAGCCACCUUGUGUCUUAAAUGUUGGAUGAUAUAAAUGUUUCACUCUGUUGGUUAAUGUAUAAUAUAUAAUAUCAAUAUGUGUCUUUAAAACAAUCAAGAUUAGAAAAAUAAAAAGUGGCCAAAUCAAUAGCUGUUGAAAAUAGUGGACGCCAUGCUUGCAUUCUCCAUUCCUGACAUCUAAAAUUAACAAAAAAAAAAAAUCUAGAACAUAUUUUCUUCUUAUUAAGUAAACUGCUAUCUCAUUAUUUUGAGAUACUACGUCAUUAUUUUGAGAUAGUAAGUUAUUAUUUUGAGAUAGCUAGUCGUUAUUUUCAGAUACUAAGUCGUUAUUUGAGAUAGCAAGUGUGUUUGCUUUUGGGGGAAAAAAAAAUCUUUCAAAAUAAUGACUUACUAUCUCAAAAUAAUGAUUUAAUAUCUCAAAAUAAUGAGUUAGUAUCUCAAAAUAAUUACUUAGUAUCUCAAAAUAAUGUCUUACUAUCUCAAAAUAUUGACAUAGUAUCUCAAAAUAAUGAGAUAGCAGUUUAUAUAAAUAUAGUUUAAAAAAUGUGCUGUUUUUUUUCUGGUGGCGGGAAUGGGCUUCCAUACUUCCGUUCUAUAGCAUUUAAGGCAAAAAAUAUUCUCCAUGUUGCCUAAUUUGAAACCAGAAUCUGUGCAGAAAAGACUGGAGGCAGGACAGACAUGUCUGUUCAUUUGGUAGACCCGCCCCCUUUCCCCAAGACCAAGCUUCUCAGACUGCCUUCAUUGAGAUUACUGUGCAGCCUAAAGGACCAGGGGACUCAUGUUCUGAAGUUGUGUAUGUACAAAAACGUAUAAUAGCGUAGGACAUGUUUCAUGCUCACAGUCAGAUGUAAACGUAAUGUAAAUGUGCCUUAAGUUUCAUUUCAGGCGUACGUACGUUUCUAAUGUGUUUUUGUUAGUUAGCAACACUUAGAGGAUUGCAUUUGCAUUGAUAUUACAAAAAAUAAGAUCUUUUAUGCAGCCAUUGGUUAAAAUCAGUCAGUUUCUCAGACAAUUUCAUUGGUUUACUGAAAUAAUCGUUAUUCAAAGUGUUUCCACAUGUUGGCAAUGUACUAAAAGUGUGCAUGGAAUUCUGCUUACGUACGGUUUAAUACAUCAGGAUCUUUUUUAAAUGCGUACAGAUCUUUUCAGCUCUAGGUGUACUCAACAUUUUAGUAUUAAUUCCACGCAUACUCUUAAUCUGAGUAUAUAAAGCCCCAGACGCUUGUUUGGGAAGUGUAGCUUUAAUGUUUUAACAGUAAAAGUGCCGUUAUUAUAUUUAGUUACCAAAUCAUUCCAUUUACAUUUCCAUAAAAGUACAGUACUGUGGAGUAGCUUAGCUCUGUUUACCGCUGAGAAGCUAUGAUGGUGAAGUUUAACCCCCAAGACAGCGCACACUGGUGACCAAUAAAAGAAGAUAAAAUAAUGCUUUACAUGCUAUUUAGAUAGCAUGUGGUGGCCUUACUAUGUUUUUUUUACAGUCACUGUCCAAAAUCCCAAAUUUUGAAAAACAACCCUCCACCAUAAUCCCCCCCUCCACCAAAUUUUACACUUGACACAAUGCAGUCCAACAUGUACUAGGGGCUUGGUUUUAUACACUGGUGGCCAUGGAAGUGAUUGGAUCACCUGAAUUCCAUUAUUUUAAAGGGUAAAUGAAUACGUUUGGCAACAUAGUGUAUAUAGGACCUGCCUACCUGCAUGCUUAAGCUCAGAUACAAUCAAAUGCUGCAAAGCUGAUGCUGUUUUACAGUACAGAUAACAACCCAAAGUACACUACGAAAGAAACCUAAGUGCAUCUUAAGGAUAAGAAAUGGAACGAAAUCGUUUGAAACCACAGCUGAAAGCAGACUGUGAUAAAAAGGCCUGUAAAAUCUUCUCAGCAUGUGGUGACCGUCUGCGACAGGAAAUGAUUUGCAGUAAAGUAUUAAAAAUACUACUAA